AUGUCGGCUUUUGAUCAACAUGUUGCUGCUGUUACCAGAAAUUACUAUGUUAAUCCACGUUUGGAUUACAGAACAGUAACUGGUGUAAAUGGUCCAUUGGUUAUUUUAGAUAAUAUUAAGGGACCAAAGUUCUCUGAAAUUGUCACCCUCACCCUUGGUGAUGGUACUCAAAGAAAGGCUCAAGUCCUCGAAAUUUCAGGAAAGAGAGCCGUCGUACAAGUCUUUGAAGGUACCAUUGGUAUUGAUGCCAAGCACACUCGUUGCGAGUUCUCUGGUGACGUUUUGAAGAUGCCAGUAUCUGAAGAUUCAUUGGGUCGUAUUUUCAACGGUUCUGGUAAGCCAGUCGACAAGGGUCCACCAGUCCUCCCAGAAGAUUACCUUGAUAUCCAAGGUCAACCAAUCAAUCCAUCCGUCAGAGUUUACCCAAGAGAAAUGAUUCAAACUGGUAUCUCUGCCAUCGAUACUAUGAACUCUGUUGCUCGUGGUCAAAAGAUUCCAAUUUUCUCUGCUGCCGGUCUUCCACAUAAUGAAAUUGCCGCCCAAAUUUGUCGUCAAGCAGGUUUGGUAAAGAGAUCAGGAAAGGGUGUCAAUGAUGAUCAUGAUGAUAACUUUGCCAUUGUUUUCGCUGCUAUGGGUGUUAAUAUGGAAACUGCUAGUUUCUUCAAGAGAGAUUUCGAAGAGUCUGGAUCUAUGGAAAGAACCACAUUGUUCCUCAAUCUUGCUGAUCAUCCAACCAUUGAACGUAUUAUUACUCCACGUCUUGCCUUGACCACUGCCGAAUACCUUGCUUACCAAUGCGAGAAGCACGUACUCGUCAUUCUCACUGAUAUGUCAUCGUACGCUGAUGCCCUUCGUGAAGUAUCUGCUGCUCGUGAAGAAGUACCAGGUCGUCGUGGUUACCCAGGUUAUAUGUAUACAGAUCUUUCCACCAUCUACGAACGUGCCGGUCGUAUUGCUGGUCGUAACGGUUCAAUUACUCAAAUCCCCAUUUUGACUAUGCCAAACGAUGAUAUUACCCAUCCAAUUCCAGAUCUUACUGGUUACAUUACAGAAGGACAGAUCUACGUCGAUCGUCAAAUCCACAAUCGUCAAAUCUAUCCCCCCAUCAACGUACUCCCAUCCUUGUCCCGUUUGAUGAAAAUGGCUAUUGGCGAGGGUAUGACUCGUGACGAUCAUUCUGAAGUUUCCAAUCAAAUGUAUGCCAACUAUGCCAUCGGUAAGGAUGUCCAAGCCAUGAAGGCUGUCGUUGGUGAGGAAGCUCUUUCCUCUGAAGAUAAGUUGUACCUCGAAUUUUUGGAAAAGUUUGAAGGCAAAUUCAUUCAACAAAACUACUAUGAAAACAGAGACAUUUUCUCCUCUUUGGAAAUCGGUUGGUCUCUCCUCCGUACUUUCCCAAGCAACAUGCUCAAGCGUAUCACAGAAAAGACCAUCAAGGAAUAUUACUCUCGUCAAAAGCACGACGAAAACUCUGGCAAGUCAACUUUUAUUUCACCAAGUAAUAAUAAUACACAAUAUAAAAGAAUGGGAGAACGUAAAGUAAUAAGUAAAUAUUAUCCACCAGACUUUGAUCCUAGUAAGAUACCUAGAGCAAAGGGUGUAAAGAAACAUAAUACAAUCAAGGUUGUUAUGAUGCUACCUAUGAGCAUCAGAUGUAAUACUUGUGGAGAAUAUAUUGGUAGAGGAACAAAGUUUAACUCGAAAAAGGAAACAGUCGAUGGAGAAGAAUACCUUGGUUUAAAGGUGUUUAGAUUCUACAUUCGGUGUAGAAGAUGUGCUGCUGAACUUGCAAUCAAGACCGACCCAAAGAACUCUGAAUAUGUAUGCGAAUCUGGUGCAACCAGAAACUAUGAAUCGUGGAAAGAAACGGCAGAGGAAAAGGCUGAACGAUUAAAGGUUGAACAAGAGGAAAAAGAAGAUUCAAUGAAGGCAUUGGAGAAUAGAACGCUGGAAUCAAAAAGAGAAAUGGAGAUAUUGGAUGGUUUGGAUGAAUUGCGUGCACUCAAUGCUCGAAAUGCAGAUGUAAACACAGAACAACUACUAGAGUAUAGUCUCAAGAAACAACAAGAAAUAGAGGAACAACAAAGACAAGAAGAAGAACUUGUCAUUCAAGAAAUGUUUUAUAGUAAAAAAGAACCAACGGUAAAGAGAAUCGAUGAAGACGAUGUUGAUUCUAAAACUACUGCUAUCAUUAUGGAAACUAAAAAAGUGGAACCAAAGAAAAGUAUACUUGGUUCUAAUGUUAAAGUUGUAAAAAUUAAUAAUAAUAUAAAUAAUAAUAGUAAUAAUAAUGAUAGUAAUAAUAGUAAUAAGGAGACAAAUGAAUCUACAUCUUCUAGUUUAUUCCAAUAUUCAAGUGACGAUGAGGAUGAUUAA